UCGAAAAAUAGAGUACUAAUUACUUUAUUUGUAAGGUUUACAAUUUUCAUAAAAUUUAAUAUAUUAUAUUACACAAUGAACACGCUUCUUACAAUCUCUCUAAUUUGUGUAACCAUAUUAACAAGAGCAAACUCAAAACCAAAUACGGAUUUUCGUCAAGUUGCAUCUGAUCUAUUAAAACGUUCAAACAUGUUAAAAGAUAAUGUAAACGAUAUUCUGACUCAAUUGGAUAAUCAACAAGCAACAUUAAACCAGAAAACAGAUACAUUAAACUUUGAAAUACCACAGAAUCCUAAAAUAAUUGAAUUAGAAAGCAUUUUAAAACAAUAUGAACUGAAAAAAGGGAUUUCAACUUGCAUACAACUUAAAGAUGAAAAAGUAAACGUCGUCAUACAAGAAUUGAAAGAUCUAUUGAGAAAGAAAAUAACUGAACAAUUAAAUAUUGAUAAAUUAACAUUAAAUUCCAUAAGUCUGACGCUUCAGAGUAUUUCUGAAAAUAUUCAAGGGUCCAACUUAGAUGUUGAAAUUAAAUUUUGCGAAGAUAAUAUGGAAAAAUGUAGACUUACGAAUGAAUAUUCAGGAGAAGUAGAUCACAGUCAAAAGGCUAUCGACUUUAUAAACACUUCAUCACAGACACUAAUUGAUGCUGUAUUGAAAACAGAAGUGUAUCCAAUUUUAUCUGGUAAAGUUACUGUUGAAAUUUAUGGACCUGUUAUGUUAUGCAUUAAAGGAUUAUAAAU